CGCGUUCCUUUGAAGUUGAAAGUCCGCAAAACACAAACGCUGACGAAAAGUCGAAAACCUCAGAAAGUGUUUUACUAAUACUAUUAUGCAAUUCCUUUCUCUUUCUUCACCGUCCUAUAAUAAACCUUGUAUUUAAAACAAAAUAAUACUCCAUAAAUCCUAAUUAAAUGAAAAUAAUAAUAAUAAUAAUUCAUUUAACUCACACUAAUUAUUCUUUCUCUCUCUAAAUACUUGUCGUUGCCUCACCAUUUCCCUUUUGUUUUCUAUUGACUUCACAAGCUAACUUAGAGCUUAAUUCAUCAUCAUCAUCUCUUUCUCUCUCUUACCGGUAAUAAAGAGAAAUACACGAUUGAAGGAAUUUUCAGGCGAUGGCUAAUAAUGCAGCAGCAAUUGCCGAGAGGGCGACCAGUGACAUGUUAAUUGGUCCAGAUUGGGCAGUAAACAUGGAGCUUUGUGAUGUUAUUAACAUGGACCCUGGGCAAGCAAAAGAUGCCCUCAAGAUAAUAAAGAAGCGUCUCGGAAAUAAGAGCUCAAAAGUGCAGCUUCUUGCUCUAUCUGUGUUGGACACUCUUGGAAAAAAUUGUGGAGAAAGGAUUUUUCAGCAAAUUGUUGAGCGUGAUAUUUUGCAUGACAUGGUCAAAAUCGUAAAGAAAAAGCCAGAUUUAGGUGUGAAAGAACAGAUAUUAGUUCUGAUAGACACCUGGCAGGAGGCUCUGGGAGGACCAAGGGGAGGGUACCCCCAGUUCCAUGCAGCAUAUAAUGAAUUGAAGUCAGCUGGGAUAACGUUUCCACCUCGAGAGGAGAAUUGUGUGCCAUUGUUUACCCCUCCACAAACUCAGCCAGUUUCCCUUCCUGGUCCUGUAUACGAAGAUGUAACAAUACCAGACUCUCUGGAGUCUGACCCAUCUGGUUUGAGCUUGCCAGAAAUCCAAACUGCAAAAGGGCUAGCUGAUGUUCUAACAGAAAUGCUUGCAGCUCUGGAUCCCAAAAACAAAGAGGGUGUAAAAGAAGAAGUCAUCGUGGAGCUUGUUGAGCAAUGUCGUAAUUACCAAAAACGUGUUAUGAUGCUUGUAAAUAAUACCACGGAUGAGGAACUUCUCUGUCAAGGUCUGGGGUUGAAUGAUGAUCUGCAGCGUGCGCUUGGCCGUCAUGAUGACAUUGCUAAAGGAGUUUCAACUGCUAACUCAGAAACAAUUAGAACUCCCGCUGCACCACUUGUGGAUGCCAACUAUGAUCAUGAAGAAGAGGAAUCAGAGGAUGAAUUUUCCCAGCUGGCACACAGGUCGAGAGAUAUGCAGCGACAAGGACGAAACCUGGCUACCUCCAGGGCUGAGUUAGCUCAAGUAAAUCCGAUCCUCCCCCCUCCACCUUCAUCAAAGAGGCCAGUUAUCAAUGACGCUGGCUCAAUGGAUUACCUAAGUGGUGAUUUAUACAACUCUGAAAAACCCUCUAAUUAUACUAGCAGUGAUUUAUACAAUGUUGAACAAUCCUCGGGAGCAGCAGAUCCAUCUCCUUAUUCUGUAAGAAGUUCAAACAAGUAUGCAAACCCUUCCUCAUCGCUUACUCCAUCAUCUCCUUCACCUCCUCAUCAGUCCUUGAACAACAAUAUGUCACCCUUGUUCGAUAAGAGUCCCUUGUAUGAUGACCCAAUUGAUAUAGGAAAAUCCGAAAAACUUCCUUUAGCUCCUUGGGAUUCUCCUUCUCCCCCUGGACCCUUGCCUCCACCCCCUUCCAAAUAUAACCAGAGACAACAGUACUUUGAGCAACAGACUUUUCCUAGUGGGGCAUCACAUUCCAGUAGUGGAUCCAGUUCUCCUUAUGAUAGUUUGGUGGGACAGACGCAAAAUCUCUCUCUUAAAUCGCCAACUCCUCCCAAGCAAGAAAAGCCGGAGGAUGCCUUAUUCAAGGACCUACUUGAUUUUGCAAAAUCUAAGUCUUCGGCUUCAAAAUCCAACAACAAUAAUAGAUCAUUUUGAUCAGUUACAUACAUAGACAUGAGUUACUUUGGAGAAUUCGCUUUUUAGAUGAAUGUCGCAUUUAUGUAUGAUGCUUACUGCUGCUUUUGUAGUGUGUCGAUGGUCGGAUUUCAUCAAUGUAUGGUUGUACCCUUUUUUUUGGCUCACCUAUUUCUUGCUGUGAUGCUUAGUUUGGAGCAUUGUUAGUUCGUGAUGGAAGAACUGGGUGCGGUGUAUAGUACUUGGCAAUAUUUAAAGUGGUAAUUAAACACUCAUUGUUUCAACCUUGUUUUGACUUUUGUGGUUAUUAGAAUAUUUUUUCUUGUACAUACUCAAUUUCAUCACAAA